AAUCAAACAACGUAGAUAACUGCGAGAGAAGGACGGUGAAGUAGCAUUGCACCGAGGCUGAUCCGCCUUCGAGAAUCGGAGCCCCAGGGUCCACUCAUUUGUUUAGCAUUUGUGUUUGCUUUAUUCAGGCUUUAAAAUGCCAAAAGUUGUUUCCCAAUCAUUGGUUUGCACAGACAGCAAGGAUAAGGAAGAGUACAGCAAUGACAAGCCUCUCCACACAUACUACUGCCUUUGCGGUCAAAUGACUGCUGUACUUGAUCGCCCCCUGGAGAAACUGCCACUCAGAGCCCGGGAUGGUGCGCGUGUCAUCGACGGCAGCAAGCACGCGCACAAGCUGACCUGCGUUGACGACGAGGUCGUGCACCUUCGCCGCGAGGGGGGCAUCGAGAAACAGCACCGGAAAAAGUGCUCAAAGUGUGGCCUGUGGCUGUACUACAGACACGGCGCGUCAAGCAAUGUCACCUUUAUCGUCCAGUCCGCCCUGGUCCAGUCCGUGCAGAACAACAUCUACAACCAGGUUACCAGUGCAGCAAAGGAGAAGAUCAUGAUCACCAAGCACACUAAAACCAUGGGCAAGUUCUCAUCCGUCACGGUUUCGACGAUGGACGAGGAGGAGGACGAGAUCGAGGAGCGCGAGGUGGCCGACUCGUAUGCCCAGAACGCGCGGAUCAUCAAGAAGCAGCUGGUGCGGAAGGGCAUGUUGAAGCGGGACUCGGAGCCGGAGCCGGAGGAGGACCCCAAGCGACGGAGAGUCAAGGGCACGCUGUUGAAUCAGUGAGGUCGUCCUGGCUGCUGCGCCCGUGCCGUGUCCCCACCCCGUCUAGUGUUCCGUUGUGCCAUGUAAGUACAUUCACCAGCGAA